CACUUGGAGGAGCAAAUUAUAGCAAAUUUUGGAGGGACCAUCAGGCUGAUAAUCAAUAAUCGGAUUUAGCGGACACGACGUUAGAGGUCUGGUGGCGACCCUGACGCGCGCUAGCGUUUCUCUUUCGUUUCUCAAGGCUUGCACGAAAGUGUACGCUACACCAAAGCACUUUAAUCUGCGAUUUGUAGAUACAUAUAUACAAAUAGGACCAGUUAUUCUUUAGUUGAAGUAAGUAAACAGUUCAAUUUAACGUUUGAAUGUAAUUUUGUAAAUUUUGAUGAAUAUAUACGUCAAUAUGGGUCGUCGUUCCGAUAUUAAAAGCGAAAGCGAUGAAAUAUGUACUCUGUACAAGUCUUUGUAAAUGCAACUUUGUUCAACUUAGUUUAAUUGUGACAGUUUUCAAAAUUUAAAGCAAAUUAUGUUACGACGUCGUCAAUAACUUCACAUAUCAGCCCUGAAAAACACAUUGACGAACAAACAUCUCAGUAUUACUUAUUAGAAUGCCUCCUUGUUUGUCAAAAAUUUUACACAGAGAAACUUAUCCUCUAUCGGCUAUCCUUUCGAACCUUGACGACCAAUCAUGCAUUUUUGAGACCUGCAUUAAGAAAAUUAUCAAGACUAAUAUAUUUACUUAUGAUGAGCUCAAUUUAUCUUUUCCUUAUAAUGACCAACCUGUUAAUAAAUGGUUCACGAAGGAUUUACCACCCAUCAAAGAAGCUGACACUGCUCGCCAAGUAAAAAUCAUCAAUACUCCUACUGAAGAGGAGGCAAUCUGUGAAAUCGAAGCCGAGAUAUUGAGGAGGCAGAAAGACCAGAAUACAGAGUUGUAUUUUCAUGGUACUAAACAUGAGUAUGCCGUAGAUAUACUUGAGAAUGGUAUUGAUUUAUUUAAAGUUAAACCAAACCGCGACUUUUCCAAUGAUGACGGUGGGUUCUACUUAGCAAAUGAUUAUAAAUAUUCCUUAGAGGAAUAUUCUAUAGUGCACGAUAAGCCAGCUAUUCUAUUUUUCAAUAUGCAUCCCAAAAACAUAAAAGAUUUCAAAGAAUAUGACUUAUGUGGUAAAAAUAAUGAAGACGAAUGUAAUAUAGUUAAUAAUUACUAUAGACAUGGGAAAAAAGACAAAGUAAGUAGACAUGAGAAAAAAGACAAAGUAAGUAGAGAGAUAAUAUCGAAAUUGAAAAAAUGCCAUUUUAUCAAAGGCCCCGUCACAGAUGAUAGAGCUGGUUCGAAGGAUGGUAAAUAUGAGAACUUGCUGCAGAUUUGUAUAAAGAAAAAAAUAAUGGCUGAGGCAAUGAGUGGCAAUCCUUCAUUGGUUGGUGCAGUUUUUAUAAAACCUAAAGAGAAGAAAGAAGAGAAGUCAAAGAACAAAAAAGGCGUGACAAAAAAAAAUAAAUCCAGUUUUAAGUGAAGAAUCAUUGGUUGUGUCUCUUCUCUUGUUAUUUAUAUGUCAACAUUACCGCUCUUUAAUUGUAUCUUAUGCUAUGAACGUCAUUCCAAUGAUAGAAUUAUUUAAGAAAUAGCCUGCAGUAAUAAUUGUUUAAUAAAUGAAUAAUUACAUACAUUUGUGUACUCAGAAGCAUUUCGCUUGUCUAAUUAUAAUCCAAAAUGAAACAGA